GGAGGGGCAGGGCCCGGGCCCUCCCCUGGGCGGGCGGGGUUGGGACAGAUCAAGACUUCUCUCCGCCUCUGGCUGCAGGAACUUUCGGGCUGCGAGGGCGCGAGCCCUCCUCCACCAGGCGGAGGCUCCGUCAAGCUCCUUCACCCCACAGCCUCUGAGGAGCGCUCCUCUGGCUCCGGCUUCACAGCUCAGGGCGCGGCUGUUGGGGGUUCCUGGAAGAUUCGGGCACUUUGAAGACAGAAGACCAGGUCCCCGGAGAGCCUGCAGGCCUGGGCUGUGCUCGGCCACUCGGCCGCCCUGUGACCUUGGCCACCUUAGACAGCCUUCCAGCACCUUGCUCUCCUCCCCUGUAAAAUGGGGACAGCAGUCAUACUGACCUGAGAGCAUUUCUCGGUUGCUGAAGGAGGAAGUUUGGCACCUGGCACGCUCUUGGAAACAGCUCCCUGCGGUGCUGAGUCUGGAGUCCCCAUGGCCUCGCUGAGCAGAGCCCUGCGUGUGGCCGCCACAUGCCCUCGCUGGAGCCGGACGCGGGGCCUGGGGCUGCGCGCCCUGACCGGCCAGGCCGGCCCCACCGCCGAGAAGAGCGUGCCGUACCGGCGGACCCUGAAGGACCCCCAGGGCCCCUCGACGGUGGCCCGGGGCCCAAGCCAGCCCCUGCCCAGCACAGCCCACGUGGUGGUCAUCGGCGGGGGCAGCUUGGGCUGCCAGACCCUGUACCACCUGGCCAAGCUGGGCGUGAGCGGGGCAGUGCUGCUGGAGCGGGAGCGGCUGACCUCCGGGACCACCUGGCACACGGCAGGCCUGCUGUGGCAGCUUCGGCCCAGCGACGUGGAGGUGGAGCUUCUGGCCCACACCCGGCGUGUGGUGAGCCACGACCUGGAGAAGGAGACGGGGCUGCACACGGGCUGGAUCCAGAAUGGGGGCCUCUUCAUAGCAUCCAACCGGCAGCGUCUGGAUGAGUACAAAAGGCUCAUGUCGUUGGGCAAGGCGUAUGGCGUGGAGUCGCACGUGCUAAGCCCGGCCGAGACGAAGGCACUGUACCCGCUGAUGAACGUGGACGACCUGUAUGGGACCCUGUAUGUGCCGCAUGACGGUACGAUGGACCCGGCCGGCACGUGUACCGCCCUCACCAGGGCUGCUGCUGCCCGGGGAGCCCAGGUACCAAAGGCCGUCUGGCCCUGUGCCCCCUGCUCCUGGCCCCAGGAACCCCAAGAGCCCAAGGAAAGGAAACAGGUCAUCGAGAACUGCCCCGUGACCGGCAUCCGUGUGCGGACCGACGACUUCGGGGUGCGGCGGGUCGCAGCCGUGGAGACAGAGCACGGCUCCAUCCAGACGCCCUGCGUGGUCAAUUGUGCAGGAGUGUGGGCCAGCGCUGUGGGCCGGAUGGCCGGAGUCAAGGUCCCGCUGGUGGCCAUGCACCAUGCCUACGUCGUCACCGAGCGCAUUGAGGGGAUCCAGAACAUGCCGAAUGUCCGCGACCACGAUGCCUCUGUCUACCUCCGCCUCCAAGGAGAUGCCUUGUCUGUGGGUGGCUAUGAGACCAACCCCAUCUUCUGGGAGGAGGUGUCAGACAAGUUUGCCUUUGGCCUCUUUGACCUGGACUGGGACGUGUUCACCCAGCACAUCGAAGGUGCCAUCAACCGCGUCCCAGUGCUGGAGAAGACGGGGGUCAAGUCCACAGUCUGUGGCCCGGGAGUGGAGCAAGGAGGAGAAGCCACAUGUGAGGUGCGGGGCACGGCCCAGACCAGCAGACUGCCGUCAGUCCUGAGGGGAAGGGAGUCCUUCACACCUGACCACAAGCCCCUGAUGGGGGAGGCACCUGAACUCCGAGGGUUCUUCCUGGGCUGCGGUUUCAACAGUGCAGGAAUGAUGCUGGGCGGCGGCUGUGGGCAGGAGCUGGCCCACUGGAUCGUCCACGGGCGCCCAGAGAAGGACAUGUACAGCUAUGACAUCAGGCGCUUCCAUCACCUGCUCACCGACCACCGCCGCUGGAUCCGCGAGCGCAGCCACGAGUCCUACGCCAAGAACUACUCUGUUGUGUUCCCCCACGACGAGCCCCUGGCGGGGCGCAACAUGAGGACAGACCCCCUGCACGAGGAACUACUGGCCCAAGGCUGCGUCUUCCAGGAGCGACAGGGCUGGGAGCGGCCGGGAUGGUUCGCCCCGAAAGGCACAGCUCCGGUCCUGCGGUACGACUACUACGGGGCGUAUGGGAACCGGAUGCACGAGGACCACGCCUACAGCCGGCUGCUGGGGGACGAGUACACGUUCGACUUCCCGCCUCACCACGACGUGAUCAAGAAGGAAUGUCUGGCCUGCAGAGGGGCCGCUGCUGUGUUCAACAUGUCCUACUUCGGAAAGUUCUACCUGGUGGGUUUGGAUGCGAGGAAGGCUGCCGACUGGCUCUUCUCUGCUGAUGUCAGCCGACCCCCAGGCUCGACCGUGUAUACCUGCAUGCUGAACCACAGGGGCGGCACCGAAAGCGACCUGACUGUCAGCCGCCUGGCCCCCGGACCCCAGGCCUCCGCCCUGGCCCCUGCCUUUGAAGGGGACGGCUACUACCUGGCCGUGGGCGGGGCCGUGGCCCAGCACAACUGGUCUCACAUCAGCACGGUCCUGCAGGAUCAGAAGUUCCGGUGCCAGCUCAUCGACAGCUCCGAGGACCUGGGUCUGAUCAGCAUCCAGGGCCCGGCCAGCCGGGCCAUUCUCCAGGAGGUGCUGGACGCAGACCUGAGCGACGAGGCUUUUCCUUUCUCUACCCACAAGCUGGUGAGAGCCUCCGGGCACCUGGUGCGGGCCAUGAGGCUCUCCUUCGUGGGGGAGCUGGGCUGGGAGCUUCAUGUGCCCAAGCCAGCCUGUGUGCCCGUGUACCGGGCUGUGAUGGCCGCAGGCACCAAGCACGGCCUCGUCAACGCCGGGUACCGGGCCAUCGACUCCCUGAGCAUCGAGAAAGGCUACCGGCACUGGCACGCAGACCUGCGCCCCGACGACAGCCCCCUGGAGGCGGGCUUGGCCUUCACCUGUAAGCUCAAGUCAGCGGUCCCCUUCCUGGGGCGGGAGGCCCUGGAGAAGCAGCGGGCCGAGGGCCUCCGCCGACGUCUGGUGUGCUUCACGGUGGACGAAAAAGUGCCCAUGUUCGGCCUGGAGGCCAUCUGGAGAAACGGCCAGGUGGUAGGCCAUGUCCGGAGGGCUGACUUUGGGUUUGCCGUGGACAAGACUCUCGCCUACGGCUACAUCCGGGACCCCAGCGGCCAGUCGGUCUCUCUGGACUUUGUGAAGAGUGGUGACUAUGCUCUGGAGCGGAUGGGGGUGGCCUACCCUGCCCGGGCUCACCUGAAGUCUCCCUUCGACCCUGACAACAAGAGGGUGAAGGGAAUCUACUGACCCCGCCCCCCCCCGCGGGGCGGAGCCUCGGGGCAUCAGGAGGCUGAGACCUGCUCCGUCCCUUGCUGACCCUCCCCACGGGGCCCGCCGCCCUGGCCCAGGACUGGACCCGGCCAGAGCAGGGGUCCUCCCCGCCCUCCUAGUGCAGAGCUGCUCGCCCCCCAAACAGAUACCACCCGAGCGGACAGGAGACCCAGAGGGCCUGUCCUAUGGUCACUGACCAGAGGCUGGCCUCUAGUCCACCCCUACCCCCCAAAACAAAGCUGCAAGGUCUUGGGCUCAGGGAGCGUGCCAUGUGGCCCUCUAGAAGCUUCUGAGAAGGUGCGUAGUUAACCCCUAGUAAGCCCAGUAUAGAAGCAGGGAAGCAAAGGGAUGUGCCUGGUAUCCCAGGCCUGCCUGACGAGCGGACUGUCCAGAGCAGAGCACCACUGGACAGUUUCCAGGUGCAUCUGGAAUUAGGGGCAGAGUGAGGAUUGUUUAGUACUGUCUGCCUCGGGCGCAGUUUAAAGGCAGAGAACAGGGGUGCCAGCUUGGCUGGGUCCCUGCGGCCAGGCCGUUGGGCAGGAUGGUCCGUUCCCCAGAGGCUGGCAGAGGAGGGGAUCCAGGAAGCCAAUUCUUCCUGCCUUGACCUGUUUCUCACACGGGAAAGCGUUCUGAGCACCACCAGCUGGUGAAAUAGGUGAGCAGAAGCAGGGCGUGGGAGGGGUGGGUCUCACAUCGGUGCCCUCCCUUGCCCAUGCAGAAGCCCCACCUCCUGCCUCAGUUUCCCCAAGAGCACUUUGUUCGCUAGGUCCGUGAAGGAAUGGCAUGUUGCCGGGUGAGAACCCAACAGACCCCUCCUGCCUUGUGGCCUCUGUCCUUGCUUUGUGACUGGGACGUGGCUCCCGCCUCCCCGCUCUCUCCACUUGUGGCCCCGGGGAAGGGCCUCGCACAGGGUCUUUAAAGGGGGUGACUCCCCUGCACCCCAUCUCUGGGCCUUCAGAGCUCUCUAACAUCUGCCUGCGUGACCCUCCUCCCUGCCUUCCUGGCCAGGAUAAGCGUGUGUCCCGCCCCGUGCCCCCGUCCCCGGUCCUUCCCCCGUCACCUCUCUGGCUCACCCCAGCAGGAUCUCGGCGCCCACCGGGCAGCCCGGGGGCAGCCCAUGCGGCCUUGCCCGGCAUGCCUGACUCUCUGGGGAGCAGAAGGUGGCGGGUGUGGGGGGGACAAGGAGGACAGGGUCCCCUCAGACGCUCGCAGGAAGCCACAUGGUCACUGGGGCAGGGGGCAGUCCCUGGCGAGCCCUGGCUGCUUUCAGAUGCUCACAUAGUACACAGCCCCACCGUGGACCGCGCUGGAACAGGUCAGGCUAAUAAAGUCGAAGUCGUGGGAAGA